UCUUUAAGGUAAGGCCUGCAAAAUAAUGAAUUGUAUGCAUCAUUUGAAAAUGUGAUGUGACAUCUUUUUUGCUUUUCAGCAAGUUCAAGUUUGUUAUCGUGGAUGUGGUUCAUAAUGGGGUUGCCUAGGGCUUUGUUUUUGCUCCUAAGUUUGCAGAUUUUUACAGGAUGCACUUCAGGGACACGUGUCACAAAUUGUGAUUCAUGUCAUGAUGAUGCCAUCUGCCUGGAGUCACGAGAAAGAGGCGAUUCUUUCACCAGCCCUGAGCUCUUUUGUGUCUGUAAAGUUGGCUUUGUAGGCAACGGUCUCACCUGCUAUAACACAAAACUCUGCGGUGACUCUUCUUGCUGUAACCAAGGUUAUCACUGGUCACAGGAAAGGGGCUGUGUCGACAUUGACGAGUGCUCCCUCCCAGACUCACUCUGCACACCACUUCAGGUUUGCCUAAACACUCCAGGCUCCUUCAAAUGCCUGGAAUUUUCCUACAAACAGUUUGAUAUUAACAGCACAACAACAGUAAGCAAUAGCACAGAACUUGAGGGGCAGAUCCGUCUGGCUAAUGGAAACAGUUCCUGCUCUGGUAGAGUAGAAAUCUUCCUCCAUGGACAGUGGGGGACAGUGUGUGAUGAUUCCUGGGGCCUGUAUGAUGCUCAGGUGGUAUGUAGACAGCUGGGCUGUGGCAGGGCAAUUUCAACACAAUAUUUUGGUCCGGGCAUAGGGCCCAUCUGGUUGGAUGAUGUCAUGUGCACAGGAAAAGAAUUAAAACUUGCGGAGUGCAGCCACCCAGGGAUUGGAUCUCACAACUGCAAUCACUAUGGGGAUGCUGGUGUUGUCUGUGAAGCUGGUUCACCAGUGAGGUUGGUCAACUCUGACAAUCGCUGCUCUGGCAGAGUGGAGCUUUACCAUGAUGGACAGUGGGGGACAGUGUGUGACGAUACCUGGGACCUAAAUGAUGCUCAGGUGGUGUGUAGACAGGUGGACUGUGGCAUUCCUCUUUCAGCACCGCUGAAUGCAGCUUAUGGAGCCGGCAGUGGACCAAUCUGGUUGGACGAUGUCAAUUGUUAUGGAAAUGAAUUAUCGAUAACAGACUGCAGACAUCGAGGUCUGGGGGUCAGCAACUGUCAACACAUUGAAGAUGCCAGUGUUGUUUGUGAAAAUGUGAAUCCAACAAACCCUCCAGUUCCAUCAACCACACCUGGUACAAAACCACCACAGCCCUCUACUACCAAUCAGGUUGAUAUCACCAUCACAACAACAGCAGUAAGCAACAGCACAGGAGUUGAGGGGCAGAUCCGUCUGGCUAAUGCAAGAAACAGUUCCUGCUCUGGUAGAGUAGAGAUCUUCCACCAUGGACAGUGGGGGACAGUGUGUGAUGGUUCCUGGAGCCUGUUAAAUGCUCAGGUGGUAUGUAGACAGCUGGGAUGUGGCAGGGUUCUGUCAGCACCAUCGGGUGCUCAUUUUGGACAAGGCACAGGGCCCAUCUGGUUGGAUGAUGUCAUGUGCGCAGGAAGCGAAUCAAAGCUCACGGAGUGCAGCCACCGAGGGAUUGGAUCUCACGACUGUGGUCACUCAGAGGAUGCUGGUGUUGUCUGUGAAGCUGCUUCACCAGUGAGGUUGGUCAACUCUGACAACCGUUGCUCUGGCAGAGUGGAGGUCCUCCAUGAUGGACAGUGGGGGACAGUGUGUGAUGAUAACUGGGACCUAAAUGAUGCUCAGGUGGUGUGUAGACAGCUGGACUGUGGCAUUGCUCGUGCAGCACCGCUGAAUGCAGCUUAUGGAGCCGGCAGUGGACCCAUCUGGUUGGACGAUGUCAAUUGUUAUGGAAAUGAAUUAUCAAUAACAGAUUGCAGACAUCCAGGUCUUGGGGUCCACAACUGUCGCCACAUUGAAGAUGCCAGUGUUGUUUGUGAAAUCCAGCACCCUCCACUUCAGCCUCUUCAGCUCAUUUGUGGCCGUGAUAAACUCCAAAUAGGGCUGGAUUUGGCUGGUGUGGCUUCCUCUGGUUUUGACCCAUUUUCUGGCAACCUGGCAGCCAGAAACUGCUCGCAGUUCAGAGUGCGUGGUGAUGUAGUGUGGUAUGAAGUGGAGGCCAGAGAAGGUGUCUGUGGAAACACACUGAGGACCAACAGCACACAUGCCAUCUACUCCAACAGUUUAUUUAUCUACCCCAGAAACGUGUCCUUCGGCCUUCCUGCUCGUCUUCCCUUCUCCUGUGCUUAUCCUCUGGAUACAGACGCAAGCCUGAACGUGGCUAUCAGUCCAUUCCUGUCGCUGGCAGCUGGCAUUUCAGGCUUGGGCUCCAAAGCCGAAGCCUCCAUGUCUCUGUUCCGCAACUCCAACUACACUGACAAGUAUCCAUCAGGCCAAAUCAUCUUGCCAGUGGGUUCACCAUUGUACGUGGGCAUCACUGUGGAGGAGGUGGAUUCAUCCUUUGUCGUCAUUCUGGAGGAUUGCUAUGCCACACACUCAUCAAACCCUGAUGAUCCCAUGCGAUACUAUGUCAUCCAGAACAAGUGUCCCACUGACCGCAGACAGGUGUCAGUGACUAAGAGCGGCUCGUCCCUCCAUGCUCGCUUCACUGCCCUGCUCUUCCUGCUCCAGGAUGAAUACCAAGACACUUUCCUUCAUUGCAGCCUCAGCUUGUGUAACCAAAGGAGCUCCUCUUGUGUUCCAUCUUGCACAAGUCGGAGGUCCCGCUCUGUUUCCACCUCUGAGCCUCUGAAGCCCCUCACCAUUGGACCAAUUAUCUGGGUCAAGUAACCUGAGUGAGCUGAUAACAACCAGUAAUAAAUCACAUAAAUCACAUAAAUCACAAAAAUCACAUAAAUCACAUAAAUCACAUUUCAUAUUGUGAUUCUGUUUGAUGUUUUUUUUAAACUAAUGAGACAUACUGUACAAUAUAAAAAUGAUGUUAUAUUGUAUAAUUAAAUUGUGUCAUUAUAUCACCUUUGCAAUUGUUUUGUUACUAUACAACAAUCAAAACUAUAUAUGGUUAAAUAAUAAAG